GGAACACUAGCAGCGAAGACGCAGACCCAAGGUCGGACUCAGGCUGUCAGCCCUCGCUGGUGUCUGCGCCCCUAGGUCUUCCCUGAGUCCCUGCCAGGGUUACCGCUGCUGGCCGGAUUACAGCCGGUGACACAGCAGAGGUGCCCGGCUCCAGCUGGGCGGUGUGGUGGCCCGGUGCCAGGCUAACCGCCGCGCAGGGCGGCCCCUGGGUGCCAUGCCCCAGGCUGUCUCGGGGGCUGGGCGCUGGGGGCGGCCGGGAGCGGGAGGGCCGCCACUCCGGGGACCAGUCCCGAGCGGGGAUAGACGCGUGCUACGGGCGGGCGCCGGGGGCGGGGCCCGGAGCGGGGCAGCGAUGAAUGGAGCGGGCUCCCCAGCCCGACCUGCGGCGCGAUGAUCGCGGUGUCUAUCCCCGCGGUGGGGCCGGGGGCCGAGGCCGAGCCGAGCCCGGAGAAGACGCACACGGUGUUUACGGUGGAGGUGCUGUGCAAUGGCCGGAAACAUACCAUUGAGAAGCGUUACAGCGAGUUCCAUGCCCUGCAUAAAAGGAUAAAGAAGAUGUGCAAGGUCCCAGAUUUCCCCCCCAAGCGAGUCCCCAACUGGAUGUCAAAGGUGCAGGAGCAGCGGCGGCAGGGCCUGGAGGUUUACAUUCAGGGCGUCCUGUACUACAACAAGGAGCUGCCUAAGGAUCUGCUGGACUUCCUGAAGCUCAGGCACUUUCAGCAGGAUGCCAAGGCCAGCAGCCUGGACCACGGCUUCCUGCUCUCCCACCGGCCGGUUAUGAUCUUCCACAGAGACCCAUAUGUGCUUCCCUCCUCUACAGAGCUGCUGCCAGACAUAGUUCUGAGUGGUGUGUUGCGAGGCUUCUACAGACCAGCAAGCUCCUGCUGGGGGAAGGCAGUCCCAAAGUGCUUGGCAGAGCCCCAAGUGCUUAGCCAGCAGGGCUCAUGAGGAUAUCCACCACAGAGCCAUUGCUCAGGCUUCACCAGCCCCACUACUGGAGUGGGAGCACCGCUCGGUUGUCCUAUCUAGGAAUUGCUGACUUAUCUCAGUGGCUGUGCCUUCCUUUCCCCUGGGACUUGUUCCUGCCUUCCCACACAUGGGGUGGACAAAAGGGGGAGAUGCUGCUGAGCCUGGGGGCUGGUGCCUAACACACAUGGAGAUUGUGCUGGAAGCUCCUGAGGGACUGUUCUCAGUGAGCACUUGGGGUAGCUGUCAGGCCAGACCCUAACUGCUCCAGCAGUGCUGUCUCUGGCCAUAGCAAGUGGAAGUGCUGCCACCUGCACUAUGGCUGGGGUGGCCAGGCUCCUGCCCCUGCCAGGCUAGAUAGAGCCUGGGGAGGGGGGUGAGAUGGUGUCCCCGACCCAUGCAGAGCCCCAGGAUUGGCCUCCUGCAGGCUAAAGGGAACUGUGCAGAUGUAUAUAGGCAAUAAAUCACUCAGGUCUGGUUUGAA